AACUGAGGCGUAAGAAUAACCCGAGAAAAUGGGUGCCACUCUGAAGUGAUUUGAACGAAUUGUUGGAUCACAAAUCGGAGAAACCCAGCCCGGUCCCAAGACCUGGAAGUGACAGCAUGGAACGUAGGGAUCAGAUCGAACAUUGCUUUUAAACGACAUGUGGAAAACCGUACUCCUCACCUUGGUGGGGAUACUUUCUUUGGCUGUCGUCAUAGACAGUUUAGAGGUCUCCUUUUCCGAAGGAGCGAUAGCUGGAACCCGACGCUUGUUGGAAAUUUCGCCUGAAAAAUCCAGCCCCAAUGUCAAAAUUGUGUCUGGAAAUGACGGUGGGCAUUUUCGAAUUCAUCGAUCUCAAGAAAUUGGCUCCCAAGCCCCUAAUUUUGUGUACAUCGAGACCACCAGAGCCAUGGACCGUGAGGAACGUCCAAGUUUUGACCUCUUGUUAGAAACAUCCGAUCAAGACCGUCUGAAGCUCCACGUAAAUAUCCUUGAUAUCAACGACAACCCGCCGAAAUUUGCCCAAGAAGAGUAUCAGGCCUUUGUCAAUAAGACUAGUCCUCCGGGCACACCACUGAUCACAUUAAAAGCCGUGGAUGUGGAUGAUGGGCGGAAUGCUGAGAUAUCGUAUCACAUGUCCGAGGGCUUUGAUUCUUAUUUUGUCUUGGAUCGGGAGUCAGGUCAACUUAGAACACGAAAAUUGCUGUCGUGUUCCAAGGAAGCUCAAGACCAUUGUCUCGAAUGUCUCGAGAUGCAGUUAUGCUCCAUUGUGAUCUAUGCUAAAGAUGGGGGUCAGCCUCAACAAAGUGCGUACACCGUGGUCAAAGUGAAAGUGUUGAAUUCCAACGAGUUCGAUCCUGAAAUCACCAUUCGUUACUUUCCGGAUCAAAGUCAAGAUUUUGCUGCCCUCAGUCCCCAUGUGGAACCUGGUACAUCUGUAGCUGCUUUAACUGUGGUUGAUCGAGAUCGAGGGGCUUUUGGCGAAACAACCUUGGAGAUCGUGGGAUCUGAUCGAACAAAAGAUAAAUUUGUGCUCUCGGCUUUGAGCCAAGGUCUCUAUGUGCUUCGAGUUGGUCCCAACGCCCAAAACCUCUUGGGUUCCGAUGGCAUCACUCUUACGGUGGAGGCCAAAGACAAGGGGAAGCCUCCCCGAUCCACUCAGAGUCAAGUCAAAAUUCAGGUGAAUGAGGCCAACAACCAUGCCCCCGAAUUCGCUGAGGCCUCGUACUCGGCCGAAAUACGAGAGAAUGCCGAUCCCAACUCUCAAGUGAUUACUGUGCAAGCCUUCGAUAAAGAUAGUGACGCUCAAGCAUUGGUGUAUUCCAUUGAAAAUGGCAACGAUUACGAUUGGUUCAAGGUGGAACCCUUUUCGGGUAUGAUUGUGACCAAGUCGAAGUUAGACAGGGAACUCAAAGAUCGGUUCAACCUUACUGUUCGUGCUCAAGACUUGGGGAUUCGGCCCAAAUCCGCCCUUGUGUUAGUGGAAAUCACCGUGUUGGACGUGAAUGACGAGGUGCCUCAAUUUGAAAACCUGCCCUUCUUACUCACAUUGUCCGAAGAUAUCAGUCCUGGCAGUGAAAUCUUCACUGUCAAUGCUUUCGAUCGAGAUUCAAAGGAGAAUGGAACCAUCACCUUGACCAGCAAUACCACGCGGGAAUUCGAAAUCGAUCCUGAUUCUGGAGUCAUUACAUUGAGAGGAAACUUGGACCGGGAGACCAAAGACAAAUAUUUCAUCUCUAUUGAAGCAUCUGACGGAGGAGGUUUAACCACGUCCUCCAUCUUGACUUUGUUAUUAGACGACGUUAAUGACAAUUCACCAGAAUUCUAUCCCAACGUGAUUGUGCAAAAUGUAAAAGUUGGAAGAGCUCUCGAAUUCGCACUCAAAGCUCACGAUCCUGACAAGGGUGAAAAUGCUCAACUCCAUUACGAAUGGGUUCAACCUACUUCGAGUCUAAUUUCCUUGAAUGAGACCACUGGGAUAGUUACGUUAGAUAAACGAUUUCGGUCGUUUCCACUUCGUGCCAAGAUCACUUGCUCCGAUCAGGGAGGUCGGAAAUCGCGAAAUGAGGCUGAGAUUGUGCUUCAACAGCUCGUCUAUGAAGAGCCAUUACAAGUGUUUCAACGAGACGUUUUUACCUUUGAAAUUGUGGAGGAUGGCCGAGGUUCGUUCGCUCCUCGGCAAGUUGGUGGUGUGGCUAAUCGAGAGAACACUGAGCCUGGAAAAUUUGCCAUCAUUGAUGGUGAUUUUAUGAGCCGCUUUCUGUUGGACCCGGAGUCAGGAAUCCUUUCUACGAAGGCCGAAAUGGACAGGGAGGAACAAGAGCAAAUCAAUCUCACCAUUGCAUUCUUCCCGGAAAACGAAAGGAAGCGUGUUCCAAUUGCCAAAGUCGCAAUUGCCUUGAUUGACGUUAACGACCAUGCACCGGAAUUCACUGAUCUCGAAAAACGAGUCAUCAGUUUCACUCAAGUUCUUCCCGAAAAUGCCGAAAUCUAUAAGGUGAAAGCACGAGACUUGGACCAAGACUUGAAUGGGCAGAUCAAAUUUGCCCUCUCAGAUCCCACCAACACGCUGGCCAUCCAUGGUGAUUCUGGGGUAUUGGUACUCAAUCAAGAAGUCAGGAGUGUAUUCAUUGAUGACUUUGUUAUCUCUGUGACUGUGAGUGAUCAAGGCACCCCAUCCAAAUUUGCCUCCAGAGACUACACCAUCCAAGUUGUGGCUCAAAAUCUACACACCCCUCAGUUUGACUUUCCUCUCUAUGAGGUGACAGUUAGUGAGGCGUUGGAAGUGAAUUCGAAAGUUUUCCAACUCGUUGCUAGGGAUAAAGAUUCGGGAUCUAAUGGCCAUGUGACCACUACAAUCAUCAACGGUGCUCAAGACUACUUCGGAAUCUUCCCUCAUGGAGGCAUUUACUUGAAGCAAUCUCUAGACCGAGAAACUCAAGCGUUUUAUUCGAUCGAUGUCUUGGCCGAAGAUCAUGGAAUUCCCAAAAGAACCGCGCAUACCAAAGUGGUGAUCUACGUCCAGGAUGAAAAUGACAAUUAUCCCCAAUUCGAUAGAGACAACUACGUGUUUUACGUCCGUGAGGGGGAAGUCAUCGGGACCAACGUAGGGCGAGUCAUGGCUUCAGAUAAAGACAUAGGUAGAAAUGCCGAGCUCCGAUAUGCCUUUGCCUCCACCAACAAUAACAACAUCUUUAUCAUCGACGAGGAUACUGGUUUCAUAAACACGGCACAGGACAUUGAUAGAGAACGACUCGUCCGAGAAACGGGGCAAGAUUAUUUCGUUUUGGAAGUAAGUGUUUCCGAUUUGGGAGUGUCUCCAUUGUCGGACACGGCCGUUGUCAAUGUGGUUAUCUUAGAUGUCAACGAUAACGCACCCACGCUCUCAGAAGAAAUCUACCGGACGAAUGUGAAAGAAAAUGUAGCCCUCGGAACCGUGAUCUACACCAUGUACGCAAGAGACUAUGACAAGGAAGAAAAUGGAAGAUUGACUUUUUCUUUGGAGAACUCUGAAUACUUCCAAAUCGAAUCAGAAACCGGUGACAUCUUUGUGUCGAAAGACCUGGACCGAGAAGAUCAAGAACGCCACGAGUUUCUUAUUUUUGUCAAGGACGGUGGCGAGCCCCCGCUAAACAGCUCUGCAAAGAUGAUCAUAUCUGUAUUGGAUGAGAACGACAACGAUCCCAAAUUGGAGUUUUCGCACAAAGAUUUAGAAAUGAGCGAGUCUUUUGAAUUGGGAAGCAUUAUUCACACGUUCACUGCCGUGGAUCUUGAUGCGGGUGACAAUGCUCGAGUGAAGUUUGUCUUGGGCGGAACUAAUCACAGACACAUCUUUCAUCUCGAUGAAAAUACCGGCAUUCUCUCGCUUAAGGAGCCUUUGGAUCGAGAAUCCAUCGAAUCUUUGUCGUUGACAAUCAGUGCCAUUGACGGAGGUUUACCCUCCCGGACCGCCACUGCCACGAUUAACAUUUCAGUCUCCGACGAAAAUGAUAACACGCCCACAUUUCCUCCCACAACGUACUUGUUCUCAGUGACUGAAGGCGUUCCAGAGGGUAGCUCUGUAUUCAAAGUGCAAGCUCGAGAUGAGGAUCAAGGCCAGAACGGCAAUGUUUCCUACGAGCUUUUGGGUACCCAAGAUUUUCGGAUCGAUCCCUUAAGCGGUGACGUUUCAACAGCAGUUCUGAUCGAUCGUGAAAUUACUAAAGAAUAUCAAUUCACCAUUCGUGCGAAAGAUCAUGGUGCUCCCGAGCCCAAAUAUGCAAACAAAGACAUCACGGUCAUGGUCGAAGAUGUGAAUGAUCAUGCCCCCGAGUUCGACUCUUUAACCACGAAGAUUCUCAUGCCCGGAUCUUUCAAAGGAACUCAUGUGUUGCAAAUCCAUGCCAACGACCUGGAUGCAUCCAACAAUGGUCAAGUGGUGUAUAGCUUGCAAAAGUCGUCUCUUGCGUCCACUUUUCCAUUUGAAUUGAAUCGAACUAGUGGAAGAUUGAGCCUCUCAAGGGAUGUAUUGGUCGCUGAUCGAGACACUUACAGUUUGUCGAUCAUAGCAAGCGAUGAGGCUGUGCAAUCCGUCAGAAAAUCAGCCACUAGCUCUGUUUUGAUUAUCAGUGGACAUGACGAGGCGGGUCCGGAUUUCACUCAAGUGUCGUAUUCUGCAUCGAUCUCUGAGAACAGUCCCCUAGGAACCCCAGUGGUCACCGUUAAGCUGUCGGGUUCUGGCAAGGACUUUGAUUUCUACAUCAAUGCUUGCGUUUCCAAAUUUGGAUCUGACCGUGGUCUCUUUUUGGUGGACAAGCGGUCCGGACAAAUCCGUUCAAAUUUGAUCAUUGACCGGGAACUUGAAGGUGAUUCCAUUGAACUGGAGGUGGUGGCGGUUUCCAAGAACAAGAUCUCAAAGACAAAGGUUUCAAUCGAAGUUCUUGACGAAAACGAUUCAGCCCCUCGCUUUGUCCAAGACAUGCCCAUCAAAAUCUCGGAGGCAUUUCUCGCAGGGCAUAACCUAGGACAAUUGAAAGCAAUAGACGAAGACAAGAGCGAUUCGGUGACAUACAAGAUUGGGGUAGAAUCUCUGCCUUACUUGGAAGUCAACGCUGAUUCCGGCGAAUUGUUUCUGACAAGUCCGAUUGAUCGAGAAGAGUUUGAAUACUUCGAAGUGGUCGUGUUAGCCACUGACGGUCAGCAUACGACCACGUGGCGGAAGAACCUCAAGGUCGAAGAUGUGAAUGACAAUGCUCCAGAGUUUGUUCAAGCUUUUUUCUCCUUUGAUAUUAAUGAGUCCGCCAAACCAGGCGCGGUCAUUGGACGCCUGAAAGCCGUUGACCGGGAUCAAGAAGCAAAAUUCCGAGAUCUGACCUAUCAUUUCAAUUCUGAAUGGGGCAGAGAUACUUUUACUUUGGACCCUAAGACAGGGGUAAUCAUUUUGAGUGGUGCUCUUGAUUUUGAAACGAUCGAACAUUACGUUCUUAUGGCCACAGCCGUGGAUGGAGGUCAACCUGCUUUAACUGCCUCCACCACCGUCUACAUCAACGUUGUGGACAUCAAUGAUAACAAACCUGUGUUAAAAGAGAGCGUGUUUGAGGUCAAUCUUUUAGAGAGUGUCCCUGUUGGAAGUUUGGUGACAAAAAUCACAGCCAUCGACAAAGACACUGGCUCGGAAAACCAGCUUGAAUUCAGUUUUGAAGAAACCGACCAAGAAUAUUUUUCCAUUGACGAUGAUGGCGUCAUCACGACCAAAAGUGUUCUUGAUCGAGAGAAGAUUCCAUUCUACAGCCUUCACGUGAGCGUCCGAGAUGGGCGUGAUUCCUCAGCACUCACCGCGUCUGCUAUAGUCCACAUCACAAUUGAAGAUGUCAACGAUGAAGUUCCUCGAAUCGUAUCUCCACCAGUUUUGCAUAUCACCGAAAACGCACCACCAAACUCACCCAUUGCAACCAUUCAAACUGUGGACAAAGACGUGGGAGAGAAUGCUGAAGUCCAUUACUUUUUGGAAGAUUCCAUCUCCAUGCGGUUUGCCAUUGGACGAAUCGAUGGAGUCUUGCGAAGCCUUAGUUCGUUAGAUCGCGAAAUUGAGAGUUCAUAUUUGCUCACCAUCAAGGCCAUUGACAACGGAAUUCCCAGUCUGUCUUCAUCUAUGCAAGUCCGCGUGGAAGUGACGGAUGAAAAUGACAACAGUCCAGUGUUCAGCCCCAAGUUUUAUAGUGCAAAAGUGCUUGAAAAUGCGAUUCCUGGAUCCGUCGUGAUUGAGGCCCAAGCCUCCGAUUUAGAUGUGGGCAAACACGCUGAGUUGAGGUACUCCAUCGUCUCCGGGGAUUCGGACCUGGAUUUUCGAAUUGAUGAACAAACGGGAUUAGUGAUUGUCAACAAACGACUGGAUUACGAACGGAAGAACCUUUAUGAGUUAACGAUACAGAGUCAAGAUGGUGGAAUUCCGAGUCAAGUUGACACUGCCACAGUAGUGAUCAAUAUCCUGGAUGUCAAUGACAAUGCGCCAGAGUUUGUGGACUCGCCCUAUUUCGUCAUGGCUUUAGAAAACUACCUAGAUGAGAUCACGCCCAUCUUCACGUUAACCGCCACUGACAAAGAUGAUCCCCCCUUUAAUCGUCUGGAAUUUGGUGCACGCGAUGAUUUCAAUGGAGUGUUUCAUGUUAAUAGCUCUACCGGCGAAAUAUUUCUAAAACAAGCUUUGGACCGAGAAGAGCGAAACUCUUACACUCUUGAAGUCACUGCCAUAGAUUUCGGGACUCCUCGAUUAACAGCCACAGGUUUAGUAGAGAUCACCGUUCAAGACAUCAACGACAAUGAGCCUCAAUUUGAGCACGAUCGCUAUUCAUUUGACCUAGAAGAGAAUCUUCCUGCCGCAUCCUUUGUCGGGCUGACCAAAGCCUAUGAUGAUGACUUUGGCUACAACGCCAAAGUCAGAUACCACCUUGAGGAAACUCACGAUUUUUCGAUUGAUCAAUGGACUGGCGAGAUCAAGACUAAUCGUUACUUGGAUCGGGAACGAAAAUCUGUCCAUGAGUUUAAAGUCAUCGCCACUGACCAAUCUGAGGUCAACCCCCUCUCUGCCACGGCCCAGGUGUCCGUCAAACUCCUGGAUGUGAAUGAUAAUUCUCCCAAAAUUGAAAACGACAAAUCGGAAUUCUACAUUCCCCCUGGGUUGAGUCCUGGAGACUUCAUCUUUGGAAUAUUUGCUUCGGAUGCGGAUUCGGGUGACAACGCAGAGCUUCGGUUUUCGCUCCGUGGGCGGGAUUCGCGAUAUUUUGAUAUGGAUCCAGUGAGUGGUGUGGGUGUGGCUUCGAAACAGUUCCAAGAGAAGUUCUCCUAUCAAGUGAUUGUCGUAGUUAGCGAUAGUGGCUUCAAUAGCCUGUCAACCGAAGAGAAAUUUGAAAUCUUCCUAGCUAAAGAACUAGUGGUGCCUUCGUUUUCAUCUCCAAUUGACGAAGUUGACGUGGAUGAAGAUUCUCCUUUGGGCAUGGAAUUGGCGAAGUUUGCCUCUGUUGAGAAGACCGGAGUGGCUUUUGGGAUCGCUGGGGGAAACACCCGAGAUAGUUUUUGGGUGAAUGCCACAACGGGUGCUCUAGAAAUCAAUCAACCAUUGGACUUCGAAGACAUUCGGGAAUACGACCUAUGGAUCAAGUUGCAUUUUCAAGCCAAGCCUUUAUUUUUCACCACCACAAGAGUCAAAGUGAACGUCCGAGACAAAAACGACAAUGCACCCACUUUUGAAAACACGGUUGUGAGGCUCAAGGUUCCAGAGGAACAAUACCCUCCAUUCCAAUUGAUGGAAAUUUUUGCCACGGAUUUGGAUAAUGGUGUGAAUGGGGAGAUCUCAUAUCAGCUUUUGGAGCCCUCGACCAUUUUUGAGAUUGACACGAAUCACAUCAUUUGUAAAGAGCGAUUAGACCGCGAAAAGACGUCGAUGUAUCACCUCAAGCUAUUGGCUACAGACCAUGGAGUCCCACGGAUGUCCAGUACCGCAUCUGUACUGAUUGAAGUCGAAGAUAUUAAUGACAAUGCACCUCUCUUCACAAGGCUUUAUGCCAUCAAUGUCACCGAAAACACCCCCAAUGAUAAGGUUCUACUCAAAGUGGAAACACGAGACGCAGAUUCCCCUCCAAAUGCCAAUGUGAGCUAUUCAUUAUUAGAUCAGGGUGCAUAUCAAGCAUUUCAAAUUGAGUCACAAUCUGGCGAGUUAUCCACCAUCCGAAAGCUGGAUCGAGAAAUCCAAGAGGAGCAUUAUUUACAAGUGCAGGCUUCUGACGGUGCCUGGAAAUUGGAUACCACCAUCACAGUGACGGUUCUCGACGAAAACGACAAUUGGCCCGUGUUCGACCAAGAUAAUUACGAGUUUGUGUACCCGAUUUCCAACGAGAUCAAAUUGAACAGCAAGAUUGGCAGAGUCCAUGCAUUAGAUCGUGACUCACCAGGACCCAACUCGGACAUCGUAUACUCACUCUCUCACUCUUCGGAGUUCUUCCAAUUGGAUGGACGAUCAGGACAAUUAUCGGUCCGGAGUGCGUUGCCCUUCACAAGAUCAAGUAAUUCGGAUAACAUCUAUCAACUCAGAGUUUUGGCGACAGAUUUAGGAUCCCCUCCAAGAUCUUCCGAGUGCCAGGUUCGUGUGAAGGUUCUGCCAAAGAACCAGAAUCUGCCUAAAUUUGAAGCUGGCGUCAGUCCUGAUAUAGCGAUACCAAAGAGCCUACCCAGGAAUUCUAUAAUAACAACGGUAAAUGCAGAAGAUCCGGAUGGUGAUCAAAUCACAUUCAGUGUGGUGAAUGGUAAAGACAGUUUUGCCAUUGGGCCAACUUCGGGUACUAUAAGGUUACUAAAAUCAUCGGAUUUAUUGGGGACUGAAAACAUCAUCCUCCGUGUCAAAGCCACCGACAAUGGGUCGCCUCCUUUAAGUUCGGAAACACAGAUCACGAUUUACAUCACGGACGAGAAUCGCCAUGCUCCUGCCUUCCCGACCGAUUCUUUGACCAUUUUUAUUCGGGAAGAUGAAACAAUCGGAAAUGUGAUUGCGACAGUGAAUGCUGAAGAUUCAGAUGACGGUCCUAAUGGGCAAGUCGAGUAUUCCAUUGUCAAAGGCAAUGACGAGUCCAAGUUCGAAGUGGGUUCCAAAAAUGGCGAAGUUCGUGUCAAAGGAAUCCUGGAUUAUGAGACCAUCAAGGAAUUCGUUUUGACAAUUCGAGCCAAGGAUUUGGCUUAUCAUUCUAAAUCAACAGACAGCCAAGUUAAGAUCGUCUUGCAAGACGUCAACGAUCAUGCCCCAGAAUUCAAGGAGGCCAAAUUGAGAGCUUUCAUCAGGGAGAAUUCCAAGCCUGACAGUUUUGUCACUCAAUUGAAUGCGACGGACCAAGAUUCGGACAAAUUCGCUCAAAUUGAGUUCAAAAUUAUGGGCGAUGAAAGUCGGUUCGAAAUUGACAGAGCCACUGGUGUGAUUUUGACCAAGGACGUCUUUGAUUAUGAAACUGAAUCAGGUUUCAACUUAACCGUGAUCGCUUACAACCCAGGAUCGAAAAUGCAAUCAAAGGCUCGUCUUCUCAUUCAAGUCCUCGGUGAGAACGAAUUCAUUCCAAAAUUCAAGCAACCCGUUUUUCAAUUCGUGAUUUCGGAGUCCUCGCAAGUAGGUAACUCUGUCGGGUUUGUUGAGGCUUCGGAUGACGAUCUUGGCCCAGAAGGAGAUGUCUUCUACUAUUUCGUGGGUAUCAGCAAUAUGGCCGGGUUUGGAAUCAACCAUAACACUGGGGAAAUAUUUGUUAACGAUGAAUUGGACCGUGAAUCACAGAACCGCUACGUCUUAACAGUACUAGCCAAAAAUCGGGGAAGUAUCCGCGGAAAUGAUAUUGAUGAAGCUCAAGUGAUAAUCCAAGUGCAAGACGGCAAUGAUCCUCCCGUGUUCAGAAAGAAUCAAUAUCAGGCCAAUGUUCGGGAGGAUCUGUCUCCUGGAUCGAAAGUAGUCACCGUUUCUGCAGUGGACAAGGAUGUACGACCAAGGAAUAGCCAUUUCAGUUAUUCCUUGGGGCAUCAAGAUGGCUCUGAUGGACUCUUUGAAGUCAAUCCUACGUCGGGCGUGGUGAAAUUGACCGCUUCGUUGGACCGAGAAACUCAGUCAAUUCACAAGAUUCAAAUAUUGGCCAUCGAUAGUGGGUCGCCUCCCGCCACAGGAACGGCUAUGUUGACUGUCACUGUGGAAGAUAUCAACGACACGCCCCCGAAAGUGACCAAUACAGAAGGCUUUAUCAAAGAGAAUAGUCCGCCGGAAAGUUUUAUUAUGAAGUUCAAGGUGAUUGAUGCCGAUUUGGAAGAAAAUGGCCCUCCUUUUAGAUUUCGCCUACUCCCCAAUCGUUUUGACAGCUAUGUGUCGUUAAAUGAAGCGUCAGGUGUAUUGAAGUCCACCAAAACUUUCGACCGAGAGAUGUUGCCCAAGUUUGAGAUCGACAUUGAGGUCUCUGACAGUGGAAACCCAUCACAAUUGUCCGUCAACAAGAUCACUGUCAACGUCAUGGAUGAGAAUGACAAUCCGUCGUCGUCUCGGAAUGUGGUCGUGGUCAUCAAAAGCUAUGAAGGUAUUUUCCCGGGUGGAAAAGUCGUGGACAUUCGACCAAACGACCCCGAUGAGAAAGGAGAUUAUGCCUGCUCGCUCAUUCGUGGUUCAAAUAACAUUUUCCAAGUGAAACCCAAUUGUGAAGUGUCCGCCGGUCGCAUCCAAAACGGUCGACAGUACGAACUCGCCAUUGAGGUGAACGACGGACGACAUCCCGAUGCUCAAGUGAAUGCUAGGCUGAACUUUGUGCCCUUCACACGCUCAGCUUUAGACGAAGCAGUGACUAUCCGUUUCAAGAACGUGUCGACAUCAAAUGUCUUGGGAUUCUUCGAGUCUCAUAAUGACAAUGGAGAUGCUCGUUCGAUUCAACUCCUGAGUGUUUCCCAAGAUGACAACGCUAAUCAAGACUUCAUCGUCUCGCUUACUGAAAACGACCAAUCCCUCUCCGAACCCAAUACCUUAGCAUUUUUGGCCUCGAUUUUUAACCGUCCCAAUGAGUUCUUUGACCUGAACCAGGCAACCGUCAAGUUUGAAGCUUGCGAUGACAACCCGUGCAAGAACGGAGGUUCAUGCCUUACCUCUUUACAAUUGACCAACCAGACAUCCUAUAUCGAAUUGAAAGACACGAUAUACAACACUCCCGAAUUUAAGCACAACAUCAAGUGCAUUUGCUCCGAAAAAUACCUCGGAAAUCGUUGUCAAAUCCAAACCAAUCCCUGCGAUCCAAGCCCAUGUCUUUACAAUGGCCAAUGUUUCAAGGAUGGAAGCGAUUUCCAAUGCCUUUGUCCGCCCAAAAGAGGUGGUCGACGAUGUGAAGAGGAACGAUUGGAUGUGUGCGAACCCAGUCCUUGUCUUCAUGGUGGUACUUGCCAACAUUCGGACUCGGACAGCUUUUUCUGUUUGUGUCGACCAGGAUAUCAGGGUGAUCGCUGUCAGGAUUUCAUUGACGUUUGCCGGAAAAACCCAUGUCUCAAUGGGGGCACUUGCGUGUCCCUGAAACCCAACUAUAAAUGUCGUUGUUUGGACAAUUUUUACGGGAACCAUUGUGAGCUAUCGACUUUUGGAUUUGAGGAAUUCUCAUUUGCGGCUUUCCCGGCUUUGGGAGCUGUGACCAACGACCUUUCGAUUAUCUUCAGCACAACCAAACCGAACUCCUUAUUGGUGUAUAAUUAUGGACCCUCUCUGGGAGGGAGAUCGGACUUUUUCGCAAUCGAAUUGAUUAAUGGAACUCCUCGUCUCUCUUGGGGUGGAGCCAGGACCGCCAUAUCCCGCCUAGAGAUUCCCAAACGCUUAGAUACCGGCAGAUGGUUCCGCAUCACGGCCACUCGGAACAACAGAGUAGGUACUCUUAGUAUUGAGGACUGUACAGAAUCAGGCGAAUUUUGUAAAACCUGCCAUCCUGACGACAAUGGAUGCUUCAAGAAAGCGGUUGGUGAUGCCGGUGCCCUUGCCUUUCACGGAAACAAUUUGUUCCUUGGGGGACUCCCGGAUUUGACAUCAGUUUUAGACAAGACGGAUCAGAUUGGCUCAACGGACUUUGUAGGAUGCAUCAAGAGCAUCUCGAUUGGAGGCAAUGAAAAGAGCAUCUUGGGAAAGUCAGUGAAUGCAUCGGGUAUAACUUCUUCGUGCAAUCAGUGGGCAGGAGGAGCAUGUCAACAAGGAAAUGAAUGCGGCUCCGAAGGUCAAUGCAUUCCUCAUUGGUCCAAAUUUAAGUGUCAAUGUGGUGACAUUUUAGCUGAUAACUGCGACCACGCAUUUCAGCCUUUCUCGUUGACUGAGGAGCAAGAGGUUGUUUUUCGACCCAAAGAGAAGUACAGACGGCAUGCUUUACUGAAGCAAUCCCUGAAGUCCUCGUUGUUUAGAUGGAAACGAGACCUUGGAAUCAAUGAAAAUGGUGGAUCGAUGGGUAUUGCAUUUCGCACGCUCAAAACUGAAGGUUCCAUUCUCACCGCUCACACUUUAGGUUCUUGGACAUCAAUGGAGAUUCAAGAGAGCAAACUAGUCUACCGCUCUCAUCUCGUGGGAAAACCAGAGAUUAAUAUGACAUCAGGAUUGGAUGUGACAGAUGGUGAUUGGCAUCAAGUCAGUCUUGACAUUUUGGAUGGCGUUCUUCGAAUUGACUUGGACGGAAAAAGAGUUGGUUAUGAAAUUGACGCCUCUGCUGUCCAUGACUUCCUUGGACCAGGGUUAGAGCGAUUUGUUUUGGGAAAUGCUGCUGAAUCCACUUCCAAGGGAUUUCGUGGGUGCUUCUCGAAUUUUACGCUUAAUGAUGAGCUGCAAAGCCUCACGGGUGACUCUCAAUUAGAAGCCGACGUACCCAAUGGAAUUGUCACGACUGGUUGUGAUAUUCAGAUCCUUCAGAGCGCCCAACCACAGAAUGCUGUGGACGUGGGUGUGACCAUAGUCAUCGUUUUCUUCGUUAUCCUCAUCUGUACCAUCCUGAUCUCGUUCACCGUGUUCCGCUUGAGGAAGAAAUGGAAGGAAGAUAAGGAACGGGACCAAUUCAAGAAUCAUAAUAACACAGUUUAUACAGGCGAGCCCGGAUACAAUAACGGCGCACUCCAGCUUCAAGAGCCCAUGCCAUUAAACAAUACGAUCGUCCAUCCAUCCAAUCAGUACAAGUCAAAGAUUCGAAGGCCUGAUAUGGUUGAGCCUCCCUCCUCUCUCCAUCACCAACUCAAUCCAGUAGUAGAUGACCCGUUGUAUAACUCUCCACACAAUGAUCCCUCGGCAGCCGAGCACUAUGAUCUCGAAAAUGCGAGCUCCAUUGCUCCUUCAGACAUAGAUAUCGUAUACCAUUACAAAGGCUAUCGGAACGGAAAUCGACACCGAGGCAAAUCCCCCCUUUCUCCGUUUCAUAAGAAGCAAGGUGGCUCUAAACAUCAGAAUACACCUUUGGCGCGAUUGAGUCCCAGUAGUGAGAUGUCUCACAACACACCGCGAAUCUUGACCCUCGGAGACUUGAGUGGUAAACCCAUGCCACCUACCUUGAUGAGCGAGCAGAGCGAGAGAAGUCUCCAUAGUCCAAUCAGUCAUUUAAGCUCAUCCAGAAGCAGCCGACAUCGAUCACCUCGAUCCCGCCAUCAGCGUGGCCUCACCAGUGAAAACGUGGCCCGUUUCAAUCAGCAUUCUGUGACGCCUCCUCAAAAGUCCACAUUGGUCAAUACCUUGGACAUGGUUGGCAUGGGCAGUGAAGCUCUUAAGAAGAGUGACUACGGGAGCAAGUCGCCCACCUUGGGGGAUGUGCAAUCUAGCUCCUCCAGUGACAAUGAAAACGACUCCUUCACUUGCUCUGAAUAUGAAUACGAAAGUGUGGAGGGUCGAGAAGUGGGCGGAGCCAAAGAGGUGUCCGAUGCAUCUAUGGUGUUCAGUAAGCUUAUUGGUGAUCAAAAUGCUUUGUCAGAUGAAGAUGAGGACAACAUGAUUCCGCCCCCACCCCCACCACCUCAUCACAACGGGUUAAGCGACCAAUCGCCGCCCAAUAAAACGUGGGAGAGCCUCUUGAGUUGGCAGCCCUCGUAUAAAACAUUUUCGGGCGUGUUCAGAGACAUUGCCGAGUUACCUUUCACCUCCAACAAUCUUGAUCUAGAGGAGAGCUGUCGACCACGCCCCAUUGGGGAUGGCUCUCGAACCGAACAAGAACAGUAUAUAUGAUCUAAAACAACCGACAGACAACAUCCGUUACCUUUAGUGCCAUAGAAACAGUAUAUCAAAGCCACUCUCUACUCUGCGGCCUUCAUCUCAAUCUACAAUGCCAUAAUAAAGUACAAAAUGUGUCA